GGUCCCCUUGGACGGCUGCGUCCCCAGCCAGCAAAGCGAUGUUCGCUUGCGACCAGCAGCCUGGUUCUGUGGUGGACAUGAGUGACUGCUUCGGCAACGAGUUCGCGGUGGAGAGCGUGUUCGACUAUCUGGGCAUCGAGGAGCUCCUCGCGUGCGCCGAGGUGAACCACCUGGGGCAGUCGAUCGCACUGGCUCUGCUGAGGAAGAAACUGAUCUCCGUCUCCAUCUGCUGUUCACCGGAAUCGGAGCAGCCCAGCCCGGAGCCAGUGCUGGACAUCCUGCACGCAUGCGUGGAGAUCCUGCGCUCGAAUUUCGCUCGCUACCGCAACAUCGCGCGCUUGGCCGGCAUGCGUCCAUCACUCGUGUUCCUGUCCUAUCACACCGACCUGAACGAGGACGGGAGGGUGUUGGACUGCGUGCGUGAGCUGCUGCCGCCAGACUCUGUCAUCGUGUGUUUCCAGCUGCACUUCAUCCGACCGGCCGACGACUCCGAUGACAGCACGCACGAAGGCAUCUUCGGCGAGUUUCUUUUCCACGCCGAACCAGCCGUGCGACCUGCGCCAACCGGCGACGACCUGCAGCUGGACAGCUCUGUCCCGGGCCCAUCGUCGUCCUCUGGGUCGAGCCAGGCGCAGGCACGUCGUUCCGAAGGCGAGCCUCCAGCCGUUCCGGUUGCUGCGACCACUGCCCCAGCCAGUGGAUCACUGCCGGCGCUGCCUGUGGUCCAGCCACGCCACCGCAUUCCAUCGACGGUCCGAGGAAGCGGCGCCGUCUUCCACAACGUGCUGCCCGCGUGCUCGUGUUCCAGACACGGCACGUGACCGAAGGCAGCCUGGAGGAGGACGCCAUCAAUUCCCACUUCACGGAGGAGGCCACCGGCAAGAUCAUACAGGUGUUAAAUGUGUGCCACGUGCAUAGGACACAGCCUUCCAUUACCGAGGAACAGUACCCUUAUACCAGUUUGUGUCUUUUUACUGGGCUAGCUGGUUGGUUGCCGCCGCUUUGAUGUACGAUGUUUCUGACCUCAUCUGUCCGUAGUCGUUUUGAUGUCCACCGGUGUCCGCUACAGUACUUCCAAAUAGCUUUUCGAUGUGUUUACAAGAAAAUGAAGAAAAAAAUAGGCGGUGUUUAGCGUCAAUAAGAACUCCGGUUCACAGAGUGACAAGUCAUAGGUUUUACCUAAUAACUAAGUAAAGUGCAUGUGAAUGUCGCCACGUGAAUAAUUUCAAUCUGCGUCGCUAAAUGAUCAUUCGUUCUAGUGGUCGUUUACAGCUUCGCUGUCCAGCCACCUUUACAGCGUGGACUGGAGCCCAUUUCUUUAUGUGUAA